AUGAACGCCGAAGAACAAUACAACUGGAUCACGAAAAAUUUGCAAGAGGUGUUGAACCCGCAGAUUAUCAAGAAUGUCUUGGAAAACGAAAAAAGACCGCUCAAAAUCUACUGGGGCACUGCUCCAACAGGAAAACCCCACUGUGGAUAUUUCGUUCCCAUGAUCAAGUUGGCCCAUUUCUUGAAGGCCGGAUGUGAAGUCACAGUGUUGAUUGCAGACUUGCACGCAUACUUGGACAACAUGAAGGCGCCUUUGGAGGUGGUGAAGUACCGUGGAAUUUACUACGAACGCAUGGUCAAGGCGGUUUUGAGAUCCAUCAAUGUUCCAAUUGAAAAAUUGCACUUUGUCACGGGCUCCGACUACCAGUUGUCUGCCGACUACACGAUGGACUUGUUCAAGUUGUCCAACAAGGUGUCGCAGAACGACGCCAAAAGAGCCGGUGCCGAUGUCGUCAAACAGGUGGCCAACCCAUUGCUCUCGGGCUUGAUUUACCCAUUGAUGCAAGCUUUGGACGAACAGUACUUGGACGUCGAUGUCCAGUUUGGCGGUGUGGACCAGAGAAAAAUCUUUGUUCUUGCCGAGGAACAUUUGCCAGGCAUUGGAUACAAGAAGAGAGGCCACUUGAUGAACCCUAUGGUUCCGGGCUUGGGCCAAGGCGGAAAGAUGAGUGCGUCGGACCCCAACUCCAAAAUCGACCUUGUGGAGGAGCCUAAGGUUGUCAAGAAGAAGAUUGGUGCGGCCUUCUGUGCCCCAGGCGACAUUGACAAUGGUUUGAUUGCUUUCCUUGAAAACGUUGUUCAGCCCAUCCAAGAGUUGAAGUCGGAUGUCGUUGGCACGUUUGACUUCUUUGUCGACAGACCUGAGAAGUACGGCGGUCCAAUCCACUACAAAUCUUUGGAUGAGUUGAAGGCAGACUUUGCUGAACAGAAAUUGUCUCCUGUCGAUUUGAAGGCUGGUGUUGCCGACAGAAUCAACGAGUUGUUGGCUCCAAUCAGAGAGUAUUACGAGCAAGAUGCCGACUUCCAAGACGCUUCGACAAAGGGUUACGUUGUGGAGGCUCCAAAGAAGGAAAAGAAGGAGAAGAAGGUUAAAAACAAGGGUUCCCGCUACCCUGGAGCGCCAAAACCUGAAGUUGCUGAGGCCACCGAGAAGUUGGAGAACGCAAAACUAGAAUAG